AUGGUGGCUUCUGCUACUGUAGCAGUUGUGGAAACUACUGCAAAAGUCGUCACUGCUCCGAUUCGAGCCGGUAUAGCUGUUGCUGAACUGAUAGUCGAUAGUGUCAGUGACAAUAGCAGUGGAAGUGGCGGUAGCAGCGGACAUACCAGGAGCAACGGCAAUGGAAGCAGCAGUACAAGUGAUGCCAAUAGAAGUAGUACUAACAACGGUGGUACUAGCCAAAGCAAUCGAAGGGAAACCGAGCAUACCGGCGCGGGCGGCAACGGAAACGGUGGUGGUGGGAACGGAAAUGGAGAUCGUAGGAAAACUGAUCACGAAAUGGAUAAUCAAUUGGAAGACGAAGAAAACAACAAUGAAAACCAAACGCAGCAAGAACACGAGAUGGGGAUAUUUUUAGCACCUCUGAUUCCGCUGGCAUGGCCACUUAUUCAAGCAGGAGUUGCACUCGUCGGAUCUGCAGCAAUUUUAGUAGCGCAUGGAAGUGGCAAUAGCAGCGGAAGUGGCGGUAGCAGCGGACAUACCAGCAGCAACGGAAAUGGCAGCAGCAGUACAAGUGAUGCCAAUAGAAGUAGUACUAACAACGGAGGCACUAGCCAAAGCAAUCAAAGGGAAACCGAGCAUACCGGCGCGGGCGGCAACGGUAACGGUGGUGGUGGGAACGGAAAUGGAGAUCGUAAGAAAACUGAUCACGAAAUGGAUAUCCAAUCGGAAGACGAAGAAAACAACAACGAAAAGCAACAACAACGAACUUCAAACCGGCCACUUAUUCAAGCCGGAGUUGCGGCCGUCGGAUCUGCAGCAAUUUUAGCAGCGAAUAGAAGUGGCAAUAGCAGCGGGAACACCAGCAGCAACGGAAGUGGCAGCAGCAGUACAAGUGAUGGCAAUAGAAGUAGUACUACCAACAGUGGUACUGGCCAAAGCAAUCGAAGGGAGACCGAUGAUACCGGUGCUUGCGGCAGCGGUACUGGCGGCAACGGUAACGGUGGUGGUGGGAACGGAAAUGGAGAUCGUAAGAAAACUGAUCACGAAUUGGAUAAUCAAUCGGAAGACGAAGACAACAACAACGAAAAGCAACAACAACGAACUUCAAACCAUAAACUGUAA